AUGGAGAAUUUAUGGCAUCUUCGUCGCGUGGCGGAUAACGCUGCAAAGGCCUGUUGGAUAUGCUACAAGCCAUCUACCAGUGUACUUAUUACCCCUAGCAACAAGGAUUUCUUUUACAUCUGUCCUGGGCACUUAUCUGACAAAGGCUUUUGUCAACCAGAAGCUGAUGAAGCAAAGAGGAUCGCAGACCAGAAGAAGCAAGAUGAGCUGGAUCGCGAGAUUGAGGCUGUAAAAAAAGAAUACGAGGAGAAGCAGAAGCUCAAGCGUGAGAAGCGAAAAGGAAAAGAUAAGGACAAGGAUAAAGAGAAAGAGAAGGAGACCAAGGGCAAAGAAGAGGAAGAGGACAAACAGGACGAGAAGGCCAAAGAUGACAAAAUCAAAGAGCUCUCGAAGACCAAAGAUCAAAAUCUGGCUGAGCUUGGUCCUCGCAUAUAUCAGCUCAACAAGAACUUCUAUCAAAUGCGCCUGGACAAGCUGCGGAAUGCUGAGAUUGCUAAACGAAACCGCGAACGACUGAACAACCCUGCAAACUUUCCGUCAGUACCUAGCGGGAAUCCGUAG